UGAACAUGAACAAGAUAGCAUGCAGUUGUCAUCAGAUUCCUCAUAAAAAGAAUUGACCUCAUGGCUUAAGGCAGAAACAACUGAGCAUCACUCCAAAUCUCAAAGUCACAAAUAAUCUUGAGUCUAAGAGCCUGACAGUGAUGAAAUACAGUAAAGGAAGGAAACUCUUCCUGAGCAGCAAGCCUGCUUACCUCAUCAGAAACAGACUUUUACGAGAAAAUAGAACCCAGAAGAAGCACAAGUCAAGCACUAAUACCGAAAGGAUCGAUAUUAACGAAGAAUAUCAUAAGAGAUUCAAGCAGAGCAUGAACCUUUUGAAGCUUGCUAGGAAGCCUGGCUAUAGUUCAAAUAUUGGCGUGAGGGAUUCAACAGGCAAGAAUAUCAACCUUAUCACUCUUAACCGGCCUGAGGAGGAAUAUCUGAAGGACUCAAUUGUGCGUAUUAAAGAUGAGUUGCAUUCCACCCAGCACAAGACUUACGUCUCAGAGAAUCAACUAAAAGUGGAUGAUCCUAAUGCUUUGUCACAACUUAUGAAAAGUUCUUAUGGAAAUUUCUCUCAUAAUCUGAGUCCUGACAACAAGUCUAAUCAGAACACCUCUCAAAUGACCAAUCCUGGGAGGAUUCAGAUCGUCAACAAAGGAGGGCAAGGAAGGAGCAACUCCCAAGCUAAUAUGAGAGACAGGGUCCAAAUCUUGAGUAAGAACAUUACAAGAGAGAGUAAUAUUCUCUCUGCUCCACAAAAGAAGAGAUCUGAGAAGAAGACAAAGGAAUAUCAUGUCCCUGGGAAGAAGGCUAAGCCAACUAAACAGAUCUUUAUUAAGUCUGACAGAAUCUCUUAUGAUUUUAAUAAAUUUAAGCCUUUCCAGGUCAGCGCGAAAAAGUCUAUUUCUGAAGCAAUUUCAGAAGUUCAAGCUAAGCCUGAGAGGCGGCUGAUCAAAGCUAAUAAUUAUUACUUGCACAACUUUGCUAUGGAAGGCUCUGGACAAAGCUCUCUGUUGAGCUUCAGAUUGAAUGAAAUUUUAAAGGAAAAGAAUUUGCUUAAUAAAAAGCUUAAAGAGAAAUUUAGCUGUCAGCCUAAUCUCAAGUUCUUUACUGUAAAUAAAGCUCAAAAUCAACACUCUCGGAGGCAUUCUUCGAAUCCAAUUCUGGUGAACAAGAAGGUUGCCUCAAAGUCAUCUACCAAGCGUGCUGAUAAGAUGGAUAACAAGAAAUAAAAAAUAUGAAGAACUUGAAUCAGAGAAAUUAUGUAGCUCAAUUCAGCAUUUCAGUCAGGAUAUGCAGACUGAAGAGUUCUCUAGCAGCGAAGAUGAGCUGGAGAAGUACGAUAAUCUUGUAUACAAAAAUGUAGUAAAAAGCACAGAUAGAAGCCCCUUAAUGUUUAAAAACUCCUUGAACCACAUCAGUCAUAUGAAUUCAAAGAUGAUCUUUGCACAGAAGGAAAUCAAAAUUCCAAAUUUUAGGAGACACAAGAUGAAAUAAACAGCUUCAAGGAGCUUUAUAAAAC